AUGCCGUCGACCUCGUAUAUCUCUCCUCAAUCAAUGACCCCCAACACCAUGGACUCUGAGCAUUACUUUGCUCCUCCACCGGCCUACUUCGAGCAAGAAUUCGACCAAAAGAUAUCUCACGCUACCAACUUAUCCGUUCAGACGGCGCAGCUAGAGAGAAGGGCUGCCGAGGGGGGUGGAUGGGAACCAUACGACCCGAAGGCUUUUGAAGGAGAGGUGACGAGGACAAGCAAGACAGCGCCCGCCCAGGUUGACCAAUCGAAGGCAGACACUACCACCACAAGUUGGCAGACUAAUCCCUCGUCAGUUUCUGUCAACGAAGGUGUGCCGGCAGCACAAAAUCACAGUGCAGACGGGCCGAACAACUCCCCCUCCGUUCAACCCCUUCGGAUUGAGAAGAAGUCCGCUCCCAAGUCCAAUGCGUUGGACGUCCAAGGCCCCCACGCGACGAUAAACUAUUCUGCAGCAUCGAGUACGAGCGCGCACCGCAAAAGCUCUUUGAGCGUUUCGUCCCCAUUCUCGACUCCUACUUCCUUCGCUGACCAAGUGAACGCGAGGAUAUCCGCCGCAAUACCAAACAGUGAGGGCGUUCAACCUGAAGGAAAAACUGAGGAAUAUCGACAUUCCCUCGUCGAUCCUUACUACACCACACAUGCGACUUCUCCUCGACAAUCCUUGCCUCCACCGAUACGGCCGCAUGUUGCAGUUCCGGAACGUCCAAUGUCCUACUCUCCCAGCUCAAGUUCACCAUCUCCGUCCGUUCCGCGGAUAGACUUCAAUCCCUACGUCGCAUAUGGCAAUAGGGCGCCAACGUCUCUACCUGUUCAAACGCCGCCCCGCAGACCGAUGGCGCCUGAAAUCUCGUACGAUCCCAACGCCUUUUACAAUUCGGCCGUUUCUGCUCAACUCACUCCGUCUAGACCUUCCCAACCAUAUCCCUCCCCGCUGUCUGGUGGCAACCUACCGCAAUAUCAGGUCCAGAAUGCGAGCUAUCUACAGGAUGGAGUCCAACAACAGCCGUUCAAUUCCCCGCUUCGACCUGUUCGACCACCUGUCCACGGAGUCAACAAUAGCCCAAGGCAGGCCCUCUGGCAAUCGUCUACUAGACCAGCCACUUCUUAUGGAGGUUCUGAUCUAUACCUUGUUCCCGAAAGCAAUCGACAUCCCAACAACCGCAACAGUGUUUAUUCCAAUCACUCAAAUCGAUAA